AUGUCUCGUAAGCCUCUCCCUGACAGUGACUUUAGUCGGCUUAUUGCGGACCUGCGUGCAGAAACUGAUGAAAGCGAGCGCAAACUAGCCAAGCUCUAUUACUCGAGGGGCAAUUUCAGUGGCCCUCAGGCUGCCGCCUUAGUCGGUACCUUUAAGACCGCACCAGAGAAAAUGCGUGUUCUUCGCAUGCUCGAACGUCGACUUUGUCGAAUGAGUUGCGCUGAGGGUGAAGAAGUCCUUCGGAACCUACAGCUUACUCAAGGCGACAAACUCAGUGCAUUGGACUACAUUAAACGAACCCUAUUCGAUCAUCAAACUGUAGAAGGAACGGAGCAUAUAAUGAAGGCUUUUGUUUCAGAAAAGGACAAACUACGUGCUCUGAAUCAGCUUUGUGCGAUAUCGUCGUAUGCAAAUGAGGAGGUUCCAGCUGGUGGUCACGCGGUCCCGGAAUCGAUUGGUGCUGUUUUGAGUUCUGCACCUCCGCUUGAGGAACAUGCCUAUGGUCCUGUUAGAAUCCAACUUUAUGAAAAAUACGGUAGAAUUGGUCUCCAAAACUUUCCACCAACGCUUAGAGCCAUUCCAAACUCCGCCUAUGCCUGCCAUCCAUCCUACAUAUAUGGACGUCAACUGGACACUUCGUUUAAUCCCAGUGGGGGUCGUCCACCAUUACCUCCACGACCUAUCGAUACUGCAGUGACAGGACCGGCACGGAAACUCUACUUGCCUCCAUUGCCAUCCUCAACAAUAGAUAGAGUGUGUUUUAGUCAUGGAGAUCCCUGUCUUGGUGCAGAACAGAGUGGAGUCUCGUCAAUUGGAUUUAUUGACCAUCAAAAAUGGACAAACUCGAAAUGUCGUUAA